AUGGUGCUACUGAGAAUCAUGGAGAGCCAGGGUGUACUGAGCAGAGCCAGCAGGAUGAGGAGGAAGCGAGAUGAGGCUGUGGACAUCUCAGAAAAGCCUCGGGCUGAGCCGAGUGCUUUGGCCCCUCUAAGCCUCCUAUUGGUGGAGGACCCAGGACCCCUCCGCCAGCAACUGCAGGCCACCCGUUCACAGGACCAUGAGCCACUCAGCUCUCACAACCUCUCCCAAGCGCGCUCAGAGUACCUGCCUUUCUUCCGUACCUAUGGGCGGUCCCUGUCUGUGGAAGAGCUGGCCUUGAGUGCUGAGGUUGGCAGAGACCAGGAAGCUGUUGGGAACAGCAGAGGCGUGUUCCCCAAGGACUCGGCGCCACCCAGUGGCUUCUUCCCUUACUACCGCUCUCGGGAUGACUAUCUCCCCAGCAUCCUUCAAAACUGCUGGUGUCUGGGCUGCAGAGACUCCCUCCCUAGAAAUGGGGUACAAGAGGGCUGCUUCAAGGUGACAGCCAGGGACGGAUGCCCUGGGAAACUGGCCUGGGCCCUGUCUCCUUUCCUGACUGAUGUGGAGAUGCAGCCUGCCUUGGCAGGGCCAGACCUCAUCCCCGGAGCCUCACCUGCUUGCUGUUCUUUAUUGGGAGGACAAAUACAUGACAGCAGCCAGGACUCCCCUCUCUCCAGGGGCCAUGUUCCUGGUGCCUCAGGAUUUGUACCUUACUACAGAAGUGCUGAGGAAAUGCUACGCACAAGCCUGGUGCCUCCCUCAUCUAUGCUGGGGAGCCCAAGGGAGUGA